AUGGCGGACGACACUUACAGUUUCAUCCAUACCAAUUUAUCGGACCUUAUUACUAACAUAAGUGGAGGUGUAAACGUAAACACUUCUUCCGGAACGUUUUACGCAUCUCACGGCAAUAUGACGUCUGACGUCCAAUCCGAUCCACUCAUCUCACUUACGGUUCCAGCGUUGAUGUUUUCGUUUGGGGUGUUUGGAAAUAUUCUGGCAAUAGCUGUGCUCUUUAGAUCUUCAAAUGAACAUAAACGGACUGUGUUUUAUCGACUGGUGGGAGCGCUAGCGUGCACGGAUCUUUUCGGAACAUGCGCAACGUCUCCGAUCACGUUAGCCGUUUACGCUAACAAGUUUAAAUGGGUGGGAGGCGACGCUCUUUGUCAGUAUGAGUCGUUUAUGCUCAUAUUUGCUGGAUAUUCAACAGUUUUCAUCAUUGGGGCUAUGGCAGUGGAUCGUUUUCUAGCCAUACUGUGCCCAUUUUUCUACGACCAACAUAUUACCAAACGUCGAGCGGUGCUUAGUAUUUUCAGCCUUUGGGCGUUUGCAGCGUUUCUCGGACUUUUACCGAUCUUAGGACUCGGAGAAAACGUUAAACAAUUUCCUGGAACUUGGUGUUUCUUUACGUUUGUGAGUUCAGAGAUUAAAAAUAAAGUUUUUGCGUACAUGUAUGUUUCCAUAGGCUUAACGGUGAUCUCAACGACGAUUAUGUUCAACUUUAUAGUGACGUGGACGUUAUUGAAUAUGAGACGUAAGGCCGCUAACGUCAGUCAUGCUAAACGUCAGGAUAGUGAGCUACAGAUGAUGAUCUUGCUGCUAGGAAUCAUUAUCAUCUUUUCAACGUGCUGGUGUCCAUUCUUGAUCCGGAUUAUAAUAAACCAGAUCCACCAGCAACAAGUUGACGUCCGAGCGGACUUACAUGCUUUACGUCUGGCAUCCUUCAACCAAAUUCUCGAUCCGUGGGUAUAUAUUCUCUUCCGAAAAGAGCUCUUUGUACGGGUGUUCAUCUGCUUGAAGUCGAUCGUUUCGCGUGUAUGUCCUUGUAAAUGCGCCAAUGCUGUAGUCGAUUGGGAAGAACGGAUGGAGAGAAGCGAAACGUUUCGGAAAUCAAGUAGUCAGGUUAAAUUUGUUGAUUUAGACAAUGCGUUCGACCAGUUGGAAACUGACAUUGACAUUCAUGAAAUCCAAAGUACUGCGAUGAAUAAUAUAGUAGAAGAUUAUAGCACAGGAACCAGAAGGGACUUGAGAUCUCUUCAGCAAAAGAUUUCCAAUGGGUCCUCCAGAGGAUAUCAUGGUAAAACGAAACAUUUUACAAUAGCCGUUGACAUUGAUUCGGAAAGUCUGCCGCUAACCGAGAAACAUUCGUGUCAUCUGAAUCUCAAACAUUCUGCUUGCUUGUUCUGUCUCUCCAGCCAUCCAAAAUAUGUUGUGGGAAUGAAUCUCAAACAGACUGGGCCAAUCGCAAAAAGCAUGGAGACAUUGAAUCAGAAAGAAUCGGAAAUCCCCUCUACAAAUUACCUGUCAGUUAUUCAGGAUAUGAGUAAAGUGAAAAGGGGCAGUAUUCAUUUAUCUCUAGAAGAUGUUUCUGUAACAACCCCACACGCUGAACGAGUCUGUAAUGGUCAAAUGGUUUCUUGUCAGCGUUAAAGAACCUGCACCUUGAAUGAACCAUUAAUCGACAUAUUUGGUAGAAACUGUUGAUAAAAAACUAUGCCUUUCUGAUCUUCAAUUAACGCUAUAUCCUUAACUAUGUAUUUCAGUUUUGUCUGAUAC